AUGUCAAUCCCACUAACUAUUGAAGACUUACCUGCUCACAUUUUCGAAACUGUUGUACUCUUUGGAGUCUCACCAGUGGAAAUGAUGCCCGUCAAUAGACAUUUCCUAAAUAUCUUUGGUCCAAUCCUUUAUCGCUCAGUCCACUGUAUCUAUUCUGCUGAUUUUGCUUGGACUAAAAAAGUUGCACCUCCAUGUGAAGACGAGGUUAGGGAUGGGUAUCAUAAAAGAAGGGGAACCAUGAUGGAGAUGAUGCCUGUCUCUGAAACAAAAGUGACAUUGAUUUCUAAAUGUCCACAGUUGAUUUAUUUUGUCUUUGAUGUUUUAAUUGAAGGUCAUCUCAUGAAGAAGUUUAUCAAAAAUCUUUCAUUCGAUGUACUAAUUGUUGAAGAUGAUGAAUGUUUGGAUAUGAAUUCAAAACUUUUGAAGGACACAUAUGGAAUCGUUGAUAUUGAUGAUGUUUCUAAUGGAUACCGUUCAACUUUGAUCACUGCUUUACAAGAUUAUGUUCCUUUCAGAAAGCUUAUUGAAAGAGAUUUUUCAAUUUUCUCUACAAGAAGUUCAUCACUUGAGGCCAAAAGAGCAUCACCUAAUGAAGUUCAUUUCCAUAAUGAAGCACAUAAGCAACGUUCAAUAUAUCAAUCAAAUCAAUUGACAUUACCUAUGCAAAUUGUUUAUAAUUAUCUAACAGGUAAAAGAUUCACCCGUGAUCCAUUUCAAGAGUACAAUUCCAUUUUCAAAGAUGUUCAAAUAAGACAUUAUGAUUUCACAACUUUGUUCUCAACUAAUGGGUUAACAUUGUUGCCUUCAUACACCAAGAGAAUGAGAAAGAUGUCCAGUUUGAUUGACUUGCAAUUGUCACCUGAAAUGAUCACCAAUACAAUGGCUAGGUCACAAGUUUAUGAGAUUUUAAAGUCAAUCAUUAUAGGAUUGUACUCAUUGUCACCUAGCUGCAAAGGUGAGUUUUGUGGAAUACUUGUUAAGUCUAGAGAUGGUAGAUCCAGUGGGAGAACUAGCCGCAACAGUCCUGAUAUCAUUACUUCUCAACGAGCUAAACUUGUUGGGUUCAAAGUUGGUCCUCAAUGGUGA